AGAAGGUCAGGAAGCACUUGGAGACCAUCCAUCCUCCAGCCUGUUUCCAUGCAGCUCUGCUUCCUGACGGGGAGAGAUGGCUCUAGUCUGGAGACAUCUGCCAAGAGCCCAGUGCCUGGUGACCUCUCCCAGGAUCCCUUCCUUGAGCAUAGAUGCUUCCUGGACAUCAGUAACCAAGCACCAUCUUCAUACGAAACCCAGGAUGCCUCCCUGUGACUUCACGCCCGAAAGAUACCAGUCCCUGGCCUACAACCGCGUCCUCGAGAUCCACAAGCAACAUCUUUCUCCUAUGGUGACAGCGUAUUUCCAGAAGCCCCUCCUGCUCCACCAGGGACACAUGGAGUGGCUAUUUGAUUAUGAAGGAAACAGAUACCUGGAUUUUUUUUCUGGGAUCGUCACUGUCAGUGUUGGUCACUGCCAUCCGAAGGUGAACGCAGUGGCACAGAAGCAGCUCGGCCGCCUGUGGCACACAAGCCCUGUCUACUUCCACCCUCCAACCCACGAGUAUGCAGAGAAGCUCUCGGCACUUCUCCCUGAGCCUCUCAAGGUAAUCUUCUUGAUGAACAGUGGCUCUGAAGCCAACGACCUGGCCAUGCUGAUGGCCAGAGCACACUCUCACAGCACAGACAUCAUCUCUUUCAGAGGAGCCUACCACGGAUGCAGUCCUUACACACUGGGAUUGACAAACGUGGGGGCUUACAAGAUGGCCCUCCCCAGUGGGAUUGGUUGCCAAUCGACUAUGUGCCCAGAUGUUUUCCGAGGCCCAUGGGGAGGAAGCCACUGUCGGGAUUCUCCAGUGCAAACAAUUAGGAAAUGCAACUGUGCACCAGACUGCUGCCAGGCUAAAGACCAGUAUAUUGAACAGUUCAAAGAUACUCUGAACACUUCUGUGGCCAAGUCAAUUGCUGGAUUUUUUGCAGAACCAAUUCAAGGUGUGAAUGGAUUUGUCCAGUACCCAAAAGGGUUUCUAAAGGAAGCCUUCAAGUUGGUGCGAGAAAGGGGAGGCGUGUGCAUCAUAGAUGAAGUGCAGACAGGAUUUGGAAGGCUGGGUUCUCAUUUCUGGGGCUUCCAGACCCAUGAUGUCCUGCCUGACAUUGUCACCAUGGCUAAAGGGAUUGGGAAUGGCUUUCCCAUGGCAGCAGUCGUAACCACUCCAGAGAUUGCCAAGUCUUUGGCUGAGCGCCUGCUUUACUUCACCACCUUCGGAGGGAGCCCUAUGGCCUGUGCCAUUGGAUCUGCGGUGCUUGAGGUGAUCAAAGAAGAAAAUCUACAAAAAAACAGUCAAGAAGUUGGCACCUACAUGUUACUGAAGUUUGCUAAACUGCGAGAUGAGUUUGAAAUUGUGGGAGAUGUCCGAGGCAAAGGCCUCAUGAUAGGAAUAGAAAUGGUGCAGGACAAGGUGAGCCGCCAGCCCCUUCCUAGCGAAGAAAUAAAUCAAAUACAUGAGGACUGCAAACACAUGGGGCUCCUAGUUGGCAGAGGUGGUAUCUUUUCUCAGACAUUUCGCAUUGCUCCCCCAAUGUGUAUCACUAAACCAGAAGUUGACUUUGCAGUAGAAGUAUUUCGUUCUGCCUUAAUCCAGCACAUGGAGAGAAGAGUGAAGUAAAAUGUUUAGAAAUAAAAAACCACAAGCUUCAAGAACUUACUGCUUACGUUCAAGAGUGAAUUCAAGGAAUAUAAGAACCACUGGUAUUUGGAGAAAACCUACAGCUCUCCAUAGUAUUCUGGAAGAAAUGGUUGACUACCUACUAACCAUAUGUGUUAACCGAGCCCCUACUAUCUGGAGAACUUCAUCCUCCAGGGAAAGGAUCUCUAUCCCUAGCUCAGAGGCUAAAUCCUAGUUAGUUUAGAUUAGUUAUGGAAAUUCAAUUCUUGUUUGCAGGGAUUGGUUUAGGUAUGAGCCAUGUGACAUGUUUUUGUCUAGUAAAUACGAAGGAAAAUGUUUUGGUUGAAGUGUCUUCAAAGAAAGGUUUCUUCACCCUUUACUCUUCAGCUCAGGAAGAGAAGUCUUCUUUCACUGAAAAUAUAUGUCAUGAUGACAUUCCUGGAACCAUGUCAGCCAACUUGGCGCCAGGAGGACAAAGCCUAUUUGCUGUGGUUGGAGGAUGGAUGGAUGCUGAGGGCUAACUGAAGUCAAUGAACCACUGUCUCAAGCAAUCCUGGAGCUACUACCUCAGGGGUUCUUAUUACAUGAGAUGAUAAAUUCACUGUAUUGCAUAAGCCUUUAUGGAUUUUCAUUAUUGCAGCCAAAAAGAAUCCUGAGAAAUGAUGUAGAAAAUAUGCCAAAGAGACAACUGUCGCUGUCUCCUUUAGUUCCCUCAAAACUAAAGAAGGUUUCUUCAGGACCUUCUUUUCUUCUUCAUUUCUAUUGCAGUCACCCAUCCUGAUCUAAACCCUCAUUACUCCUAUCUCAAUAGUCUUCAAGAUCAGAAUUUCCCAAACUUUAAUCAUUAGAAAACACAUUCAUAGAUAUUUCACCAUGGUAGUGUACCACUUGUCUUAGAACUGAAAAUAUGUUUCCUUAAUUUGACUUUUUUUCCUUAGAUGCAUGUAAGAGUAAACUUACUGUAAUUUCAAUAAAUGAGAAAUCAGCACAUUGCAAGUAGCAGGUACUGUAGAAAGUUCCUAGAAAAACAGUGAACACAAAGCAAGGUGAUCCAGUUCUGGGAGAUACAGGGUUGUUUUCAAAUAUUCUCAGCCUGAAGCCUGUUCUUCCUUUGUUCUAAAAGGUGAUUAGAGAGUGUUUGAGGGUUGUUAAAAACACUGGCAAAGGAGACUUUCUCCUAAACACAAAUAAAAUAGGGUCAGGAGAACUGAAAGGAAAAAAGCUUUUUUGGCAUGCUAGGCAUGCUUAGUUAAGGUGACUUGUUUCUUCACUGGGUCAGAAAAUUUGCUACGCUUAAAGCAAAGGCACGUGUGCUGGGAGGAUGCAAGGUGGCUUCCAUCUGAGCACUAGAGCCUGUGCCUGGGUGUGUAUCUAAAUCUGUAUCCCAGUUUGAAGCCAUGUCCUAAUUGUCUACCCCCCCUGAGGUGUCUGUUCCACUAACACAUCCUACACCUUGCUGUCAGAUUUGUUUCCAUCAGGCAUUGACUUUAACACAGCAUUCCCUAGUGCUGAAUCUUCCAAGUAGCUCCCCACUGUACCCUGGACAAGGUCAAACC